UUUUGCUCUUCGGGCUGCGGCCCUCGUCUUCACUCUCACGCUGGCCGCUUUCUCUUCGCUAGUUCGGUCGCAGAUAAUGCGAGGCUCGUUCAAGUCAUCACAGGGACCUAGUAGUGAACAAAGCUUCAAGCCUCCUUGAUUCUAUUUUUUCUCUUAAAAUAAAUAACUUAAAUCCUUUAUCUCCCUUCCCAUCUGAUUUAAUCUAUUCUAUAAACAAACCAACCCAUCAUGGCCUAUGAUCCCAGACUGUCCAGUGCCGGCACUGCGACCCCCGACCCCCCACCACCUCCCCCUCCCCCUCCAGAGCCUGCGUCCUCGACCACCAACACGUCCUCGACGAUGACAACCGGGCCGCAGGAGGAGGGGAGCGAGUCGGGGUCAGGGCCGCAGAAGGGCAACACAUCCCCGACGGAGUCCGACUCCUACAAACUCCGCUUCUGCACGGUCUGCGCAUCCAACCAGAACCGGUCGAUGGAAGCCCACCUCCGACUCUCGACGGCGCCGUCGCCCUUCCCGGUGAUCUCGUUCGGGACGGGCUCGCUCGUGCGUCUCCCGGGCCCAUCCAUCACGCAGCCCAACGUCUACAGCUUCAACUCGACCUCGUACGCACAGAUGUACGACGAGCUGCAGGGCAAAGACGAGCGCCUGUACCGCAACAACGGCCUGCUGAACAUGCUGGAGCGCAACCGCAACCUGAAAUGGGGCCCCGAGCGCUUCCAGGACUGGGUGCCCGGCAUGCCGCGCGUCGACCACAUCUCCAAGGGCGACCGCGGCGCCAUCGGCACCGAGGGCGGCGUCGUCGACGUCAUCAUCACCUGCGAGGAACGCUGCUGGGACGCCGUCGUCGACGACCUCAUGAACAAGGGCUCGUCGCUGAACCGCCCCGUGCAUGUCUUCAACGUCGACAUCAAGGAUAACCACGAGGAGGCGCUGGUGGGUGGCAAGGCCAUCCUGGAACUCGCCAAUCGGCUGAACGAGGCGGCCGCGCAGGAGCGCAAGGCCAAUGGCGUCGAGGGCUGGGAGAACGGCGCCGGCGACGCCCGGAAGAGCUUCGACGAGAAGGUGCCGGAGAUUCUGGCCGCGUGGCAGGAGAAGUGGCCGAAUCUGCCGGCGUUGUGGACGUUGGCGUGGCUGUAGCUGGAGAUGUUCUGUCUACGUCUUGUUUGAAUGAGCGAUGAGAAUCCUUAUUAUGCUUUAAUCUAGACAACGGAAUGAUAUAAUCGUAUAA